ACAGCCCUCAUCCGAACGGGAGCAAUGGCCAGCGGCUCCCGCGUCUAUUCAACACCCGGUCGUCGUGAAAGCUAACCGGCUAACAAGUUGCAUCAUGGACAAGAGUGACCUAGUGCAGAAGGCAAAGCUCGCUGAGCAGGCCGAGCGCUAUGAUGAUAUGGCUGCUUCCAUGAAGGCCGUCACGGAGGGCGGCGUUGAGCUUUCCAACGAAGAGCGCAACCUGCUCUCCGUGGCUUACAAGAACGUGGUGGGCGCCCGCCGCUCGUCCUGGCGCGUGAUCUCCAGCAUCGAGCAGAAAACGGAGGGCAACGAGAAGAAACAGCAGAUGGCGCGUGAAUACCGUGAGAAGAUCGAGGCCGAGCUUCAGGAGAUCUGCAACGACGUGCUGGGUCUCCUGGAGAAGUACCUCAUUCCCAACGCUAGCCAGGCAGAGAGCAAAGUCUUCUACCUGAAAAUGAAAGGAGACUACUACAGAUACCUGUCCGAGGUGGCAUCUGGAGAAGCAAAGAAAACCACAGUGGACAACUCUCAGAAGGCUUACCAGGAUGCAUUUGAGAUCAGCAAAACUGUGGACAUCAGAAAACCAGGGUGA